CUCUCUCAUAUCUUUCUUUCUAUGCCAUCAAAACUUCUUCACCUUCCCAAGCUUCCUCUCCACCCCCUCCCACCCCAGCAUUAUAGUCCUCGAUCGAAGCCAUUCAUGUCUGCAAUGGGCGCGCAUGCCCCUUCACCAGUGCGCGUCCCACUACUCUAUAGCAUCGUGACUUCUAAUCAUAAAACCUCAUUUGUUCUUGUCUUUCUUCUUGUAUCCCUCCAUUUUGUUGCCUCUUUGGGACUGACGGACUCCGAAAUCCUCCUCAAGUUCAAAGGUUCUUUAACGAACGCAUCUGUGUUGUCGGACUGGAGUGAUAAGACCACGCCAUGCACGAAAAAUAAUGCAACAAAUUGGGUUGGUGUAAUUUGUGUUGAAGGGUCCCUUUGGGGGUUACAACUUGAGAAUAUGGGAUUGGCUGGCAAGAUUGAUGUGGAAAUUCUAAAAAGUUUGCCAGAUUUGAAAACAUUCAGCAUAAUGAACAAUAACUUCGAUGGUCCCAUGCCAGAGUUCAAGAAAAUGGUUACAUUGAGAUCGAUUUAUUUGUCUAACAACCAUUUCUCAGGGGUGAUUCCACCGGAUGCUUUUGAUGGCAUUUUGAAACUGAAGAAAGUGUAUUUGGCACAAAAUGAGUUUACAGGUGCCAUUCCUUCCUCAUUGGUAGCCUUGCCUAAGCUUUUGGUUUUGAGGCUUGAAGGAAACCAAUUCACUGGGAAGCUACCAGAUUUUACACACAAUCUCCAAUCAUUCAGUGUGUCAAAUAAUGCUUUGGAGGGGCCAAUCCCUACAGGCCUCAGUAAGAUGGAUUUGAGCUCCUUUUCAGGAAAUAAAGGUCUGUGUGGACCACCAUUAAAUGAAUGUAAUACCACAGACAACGAUGGCCAUGACUCUGACUCCAAGAAAACCCCAGUGCUACUGAUCGUGAUCCUUGCUGCAGCUGUGGGAUUACUAAUAGGUGCCAUCGUUGCAGCUUUCUUAUUCCUUCGUCGUCGUCAAAGACAAGCAUCAGGCUCUAUAGAAGCACCUCCACCACCAAUACCAUCAAACCUCAAAAAGAAAACUGGUUUCAAGGAAGAAAACCAAAGCCCAUCAAGCUCACCGGACCACUCGGUAGGGAGCAGGAAGGGUGAAGGUCCAAAGCUGUCCUUUGUGAGGGAUGAUAGAGAAAAGUUUGAUUUGCCAGACUUGUUAAAGGCCUCGGCUGAGAUAUUAGGAAGUGGUUGCUUUGGGUCCUCAUACAAAGCAGCACUUAGCUCUGGGACAAUGAUGGUGGUUAAGAGGUUUAAGCAGAUGAAUAAUGUAGGGAAAGAAGAGUUUCAAGAGCAUAUGAGGAGGCUAGGGAGAUUGAAGCACUCUAACUUACUUCCUCUUGUGGCGUACUAUUAUAGGAAGGAAGAGAAGCUCUUGAUUACCGACUUUGUUGAGAAAGGCAGCCUAGCUGCUCAUCUUCAUGGUCAUCAAGCUCUAGGUCAACCAAGCCUUGGUUGGCCAAGCAGAUUGAAGAUUGUUAAAGGAGUAGCCAGGGGUCUUGCAUACCUCUACAAAGACCUUCCCAACAUCAUUGCUGCCCACGGCCACCUCAAAUCCUCCAACGUUCUUCUCACUCAAUCCAACGAGCCAAUGCUUACUGAUUAUGGACUAGUUCCCGUUAUCAACCAAGAGAAUGCUCAAGAACUCAUGGUAGCCUACAAGUCCCCUGAAUACUUGCAUCAUGGCCGGAUUACCAAGAAGACAGAUGUCUGGAGUCUUGGGAUAUUGAUAGUUGAGAUCUUAACAGGAAAGUUGCCAGCAAACUUCGUGCCACAAGGCAAAGGAAGUGAGCAGCAAGAUUUGGCAAGUUGGGUCAAUUCUGUUCCUUAUGAAGAGUGGAUUAAUGUGGUGCUCGAUAAGGAUAUGACUAACGUGUCAACAAAACCCAAUGGUGGUGGUGAAAGUGAGGUGAUGAAGCUAUUGAAGAUUGGUUUGAGUUGUUGCGAAGCCGACGUGGAGAAGAGGUUAGACUUGAAGGAAGCUGUUGAGAGGAUUGAAGAAAUAAAAGAGAAAGAUAGUGAUGAUGAUUUUUUCUCCUCAUAUGCCAGUGAAGGGGAUAUGAAAUCUUCAAGAGGGAAGUCUGAUGAAUUCACAUUCUCUUAAACAUCUCGAGUAUGGUUGAGUUAAAAAUUGGAUCUCUAAUCUAUUAGAGUGGGGGAGGGGGGAGAUAAAUAAGAUUUUCUGCAUUUGAAUGAAGAGCCAUGGGGAUGAUAAUGCAUAAGAAAAUGAAGAAGAAGAGGGAAAAAAGAAGGAAAUAGUCUUUGCUCUUGCAUGCUUACCUCUCUAUAUAACUACCAUGAAAACAAAUAAUACACUACUAAAAUUCUUAUAUUAAGAGAUUGUACUGCUAUGGUAGUGUGGAAAAUUUGGUGUAUGGAUUAUUUUUACAACAUCCAUGAAAUAGACAGUCCAAAAUUCAUUGAAA